AUGUACGCCGACAGGACCUCGGGGCGGAAGCGCUCUGUAAUGGACCGCCUCGGGUCGGGCGGCGCCUCGCGCUCGCGGUCUGAUGGCGCAAAAAGGUUUCACCGGGAUGAUGGGACGUGGAGACGUGAGCUUUAUAAGGAUUCUAGAGGAACUCAAACUUCAUCUGAACCUACUUCCAGAAAUCUGCAAUCAAACCAAAAAUCUCAGGUGCAGCAAAGGAUUGAGGUUGUGAAGAAACUACCAGUUUCAGAUCUUUGUGAAAAGUUAUCUGGUGUCCCGAGCCAGCGCCCUCAACUUAGCAGUACUGUUCAGGUUCCAAAACCUAUAAAAGAGGUUAUUAAGAGCGACAAACCUGUUCAAAAGAGAGAACCCCCUCCAACUGCUCCCCCUCUUGUCAUUAAGAAAGUCAGUGCACCUGCACCCGAACCAUCACCAUCUGCACUACCAAAGCAAUCCCAGGACAAGGUUGAUGCUUCGCUUGACAGUUUACUGAAGUCUCUUGAUCUAGAGAAGUAUUUGAUAAAUUUCCAGGCUGAAGAGAUUGAUAUGAAAGCACUGGUUUACAUGAACGAAGAAGAUAUGAAGUCUUUAGGAAUUCCAAUGCACCUCGCACGCGUCGCGGCCACCAAGCCCGCGCCAGCCUCCGCCUCCUCGCUCGCCCUCCCCUCGCCGUGGCCGUGGGUGCGGCUACGGCGGCUCCGCGAGCUAGUCCCCGCUGAGGCCGCGGGGCGGCUGCUGUCGUCGGCCGCGGGCUCCCUCAUCGUGGCGCUCGCCUCCGCGUCGUUGGUCCUCGGCGACAUCGGCGUGGCAUCCGCGUUCGUGGUCUCCACGCUCCGGAAGCUGUAG